GCCCCGUCGCCGGUGUCAGUGGGGGGGAGCAAUCGUGCCCCGUCGCCGGUGUCAGUGGGGGGGAGCAAUCGUGCCCCGUCGCCGGUGUCAGUGGGGGGGAGCAAUCGUGCCCCGUCGCCGGUGUCAGUGGGGGGGAGCAAUCGUGCCCCGUCGCCGGUGUCAGUGGGGGGGAGCAAUCGUGCCCCGUCGCCGGUGUCAGGGGGGGACUGUACCCCAUCAUUGGUGUCAGUGGGGGGGGAGGAACAGUGCCCCAUCGGUGAUGUCAGUGGGGGGGGGAGGAACAGUGCCCCAUCGGUGAUGUCAGUGGGGGGGGAGGAACAGUGCCCCCAUCGGUGAUGUCAGUGGGGGGGGAGGAACAGUGCCCCAUCGGUGAUGUCAGUGGGGGGGAGGAACAGUGCCCCAUCGAUGGUGUCAGUGGGGGGAGGAAUAAUGCCCCAUCAUUAGUAUCAGUGACACCAAU